UCAUCCUGGAUUGUGGGUUUUCCAGCCUGAUCCGUGUCCAGAGGCCAUUCCCAUGGGAAUUUACUCUGGAAAAGGGAUCAUUCCCACUUCCCAAAGCAGGAAGCCUGGGAUAUUCCCAACCCUCAGCUCUCCCAAAUAUUCCCAGCUCCAUCCACAGGAAUCCUGGAAUUCCUACCCCCCCUCCUCCACCCCAUCCCUGAACCCCAGGAAAAUAUUUGUGCUAAACCGGGACCAACCUCACGGAUCCCGGGAAAAACCGGAAUCCCGGAAGGAGAAUUCCCGGCGCUCACUCCGCUCCUUUUCCCCUCCCGGCAGACACGGUGGACCUGACCUGGUGCGUCAUCUCCGACAUGGAAGUGAUCGAGCUCAACAAACGCACCUCGGGCCAAUCCUUCGAGGUCAUCCUCAAACCCCCCUCCUUCGACGGAAUUCCCGAAUUCAACGCCUCCCUCCCCCGCCGCCGUGACCCUUCCCUGGAGGAGAUCCAGAAAAAGCUGGAAGCGGCCGAGGAGAGGAGAAAGUACCAGGAGGCGGAGCUGCUGAAGCACCUGGCGGAAAAGCGGGAACACGAGCGGGAGGUGAUCCAGAAGGCCAUCGAGGAGAACAACAACUUCAUCAAGACGGCCAAGGAGAAGCUGGCGCACAAGAUGGAAUCCAACAAGGAGAACCGCGAGGCGCACCUGGCCGCCAUGCUGGAGCGCCUCCAGGAGAAGGUGGGCACCGGGAAAAGGGAUCGGGAUAUUUGGGAUAUUCGGGAUGGGCCGGGAUAUUUGGGAUAACGGCGCUUCUUGGGGUGCCACCACCGAUUUCUGUCUCCGUUCCCGUCCCGGCGCGGAAUCCCGC